AUGAGACAUGGAGCGUCUCGUCUUCCACGAGUGCUCCGGCUGAACAAGCCUCUGACGACAAUUCAUCCUGCGCCUCCUCGACAUGUUCCCCUCGAACGUCCAGGGCCGUCUGCGCACACGUUAUCGGCGCAGAGGUGGUCGAGCAGUGCGUCGGAGUCGAAGCCAGAGCCCGUAGGACACGAGGACCAUCUGCCUACGCCACAGCCGCCCGAAGCGAAUCCUGCAGCCAGUCCUACCUUGUCGGUCCGACAGUGGUCGACACCGCUGGCAAAGACGAUUGCACAGGCGAUUGAGGUCACGGGUCCCGUUUCGAUCGCAUCCUACAUGCGCCAAUGCCUCACGAACCCGGACGGCGGCUACUACACGUCGACACGCGAGGAUGCAGACCAGUUCGGUACAGCCGGCGACUUCAUAACGUCGCCCGAGAUAUCGCAGAUGUUCGGGGAGUUGGUAGGCAUCUGGUUCAUGACGGAAUGGAUGGCACAAGGUCGGCCGUUGCAGGGUGUACAGUUUAUCGAGAUGGGCCCUGGCCGAGGCACGUUGAUGAGCGACAUCCUAAGAACGAUCGGCCAGUUCAGCACGUUCGCCAAGUCCGUCUCCGCGGUCUGGCUCGUCGAAGCAGGAGAAGGGCUGAGGAUCAAGCAGAAAGACGUGCUUUGCGGACAAGAUGCAGAAAUGAAGGAGGUCAGAGACCGGACGGGGAAGAACGUCUGGUGGGAAGCCACCAGCAAGCAGGGAAUCCCUGUGCGCUGGGUUGAAGACGUCGUUCUGCUGCCUGAUCAGACGGAGACGGACGACCAGACGAUACCUUUCAUCAUUGCACACGAGUUCUUCGACGCUCUGCCCAUCCACGCGUUCGAGUCGGUGGCUCCAAAGCCGGAAGAGGAGCAGGAGGCGCAGAGCCGCCUCUUGAGUGAGGCGGGCCAGCCUGUCCCCAAACCUUCCACGGCGAGCAAGUUGCCGCAAUGGCGUGAAUUGUUGGUGGCGCCGACCAAACCAAAGUUCGACUUGUCUUCUUCACAGGCGACGAGUGGCGCGGAUGCUCCAACGCCAGCUCGCAAAACACAGCCCGAGCCUGAUUUCCAGCUUACGCUGGCCAAGGCAAGCACGCCCAGUUCGCUGGUCAUCCCCGAACGACCGCGUUAUCGCCAUCUCAAGAAUCAAGUCUCGUCCCGCGUUGAAGUGUCUCCCGAGAGUUCACGCUACGUCCAAGAGUUUGCACGACGGAUCGGGGGAGCCGCGGCGGCAGAUGCUCGAUCGAAAGGUGGCAAGCCGAGUGGUGCGGCGCUCAUCAUCGACUAUGGGCCGCUGGAGACUGUCCCGGUCGACUCUCUCCGAGCCAUUCGCAAACACAAAAUAGUCUCGCCGUUCGUGUACGCCGGUGAAGCAGACAUCAGUGCGGACGUUGACUUUGUGGCACUCGCGCACGCGGCCCUCGAGGCGAGUCCCGGCGUUGAAGUCCACGGACCGGUCGAACAGGGGUUCUGGUUGGGUCAGCUUGGGAUCAAGCAUCGCGCGGAAAAACUCAUCGCGGAGCUCGGCAAGACUACCAAGGGCGAAUUGCCCCCCGACGAGCUCGAGAGGAAAAAGUUCGAGCUGGAGACCGGGUGGAAGAGGUUGGUCGAGGCCGGGCCCAAGGGUAUGGGGAAAGCUUACAAGGUCAUGACGAUUGUGCCUGAGAAUGGUGGAAGGAGAAGGCCUGUAGGGUUUGGGGGCGGUGUGCUGGGGUAA